UUUUCAUUUCUCUGCAGGGGCAGCCGGACGAUGGCUAAUUACACACUGGCACCAGACGAAGAAUAUUAUGACAUCCUCAUCGAGGACGACCUGAAUAACAGUGUCACGGAGCAAUGCCACCAAUACGACGCCGAGGACCUCCUGGCCCACGUGGUCCCCCCGCUCUACACCACGGCGUUCCUGGCGGGGCUCCUGGACAACUUCUUGGCUGUGCUCGCCCUGGUGAAGUACAAAGGGCUCAAACACGUGGAGAACACCUACUUCCUAAACUUGGUCUUUUCCAAUUUGUGUUUCUUGCUCACCUUACCCUUCUGGGCUCACGCUGCCUCGCACGGGGGGGUCCUGGGCCAUCCCAUGUGCAUCAUUCUCGUGACGCUGUCCUCCGUGGGCCUGCACAGUGAGGCGUUUUUCAGUGUCCUUCUGACUCUGCACAGCUCCCUGGUGCUGUUCCACACGGGCGGCUUCUUCUCAGCCGCCAGGAAGGUGUCCUGCAGCAUCGUCACAAGCGUCCUGGCCUGGGGGGUGGCCAUUCUGGUCACUUUGCCUGAACUCCUGGCGCACAAGUCUCGGGUGGAAACCCAGGGAUACCAGUGCCUCCUGAUAAGGCCCCAUUUCCUGCCGGGCGAGGACCCCUCCUGGGAGCGCUCUCUGACCUUGAGGACGAACAUUGUGGUGCUUCUUGUCCCGCUGCUGGUUUUUAUACUUUGCUCCGUGCUCUUCAUGCGCAGGAGAGAAACGCUAAGGCCCGGGGACAGCAAGAACAACCUUGUCAAGCUCGUGUUCGCCGUAAUGGUUGUUUUCCUUCUGAUGUGGGGGCCCUACAACGUUGCACUGUUCCUGUCUACUUUCAAGAAACACUUCUCCCUACAUGACUGCCGGAGCAGCUACAGCCUGGACAGAGGUGUUCAGGUGACCCGAGCCAUCGCCAGCACCCACUGCUGUGUCAACCCGCUGCUCUACAUGCUUCUGGACCAGGCAUUUCGGAGACACCUGUGCUGCCGCUGUCGCCUGGGUGGUGACACUUCCCUGCCACCCCCUGAGGACCCCGCACACGGCCGGCCGUGGGAAGGACCUGAACAGUCUACUGAUAUAUAAACCAGCCUCCGUCAAAGUGGGACCAAUAAACAUGGCUGCUGGGUCUUGCCACACUG